CAUCUUUGCCGAUCCAUUCAUUAUGGCCGCAGACCACCAGAACCCUGCAUCUAAGCAGCAGCAGCCGGGCACCAGUGCAUUUAAGCUGGUUAUCUAUGAGCAGGAAAACUUCCAAGGACGCUGCCAUGAGCUGACUGGUCCCUGCAACAACAUCCAGGAAGCAGGCGUGGAGAAAGUGGGCUCCAUAUUGGUGCUGUGUGGACCAUGGGUGGGAUACGAGCAGGCCAACUGUAAGGGGGAGCAGUAUGUGUAUGAGAAGGGGGAGUAUCCUCGCUGGGAUUCCUGGACCAACAGCAGGCGUAGUGACACCAUUGUUGCAUUCCGCCCGAUUAAAGUGGACAGCCAGGAGCACAAGAUUGUCCUUUACGAAAACCCCAGCUUUGCAGGGAAGAAGAUAGAAAUCAUUGAUGACGAUGUCCCCAGCUUUCACGCACACGGCUACCAGGAGAAGGUCUCCUCUGUUCGGGUUCAGAGUGGCACUUGGGUGGGCUAUCAGUAUCCAGGCUACAGAGGCUAUCAGUACCUGUUUGAAAAGGGGGAGUAUAAGGACAACACUGAGUUCGGAGCCCAGAUUCCUCAGAUCCAGUCGGUUCGUCGUGUCAGAGACAUGCAGUGGCAUCAGAGGGGUGCUUUUCACCCCGUCAACUAAGCUUGUGUCUUUCCUAUCAUGACACUUGACGUCUGCAGCCUUGCUCCUACCCAGCAUCAACCCCCCUUUUGUCGUUCAUUCACACCAUAAAGCAUUUUGAUAUCUAUUGCAGCUGUUGC